AUGAGAAGUCAUACAAUUGGAAAAAAUGUUGUAACUAAUAGUUCGUAUCGUCAGAGCCUCAAAAAAUUUCUUCAACAUUUGGGAGCAGCAGUUGGUGUUGGGUGUAUUCCGAUAGUUGUUUUUGAUGCAGUUGGCUGCCCAGUAAGCAUUGUGGGCUCGUCGAUGGAACCAACUCUGUCGGGGAAAGACAGUCGAUGGUGGAAGCGUGAUAUUGUGUGGGUUUCAAGAUUCGGCCUUCAAAAACUGCAAGUCGGACGCGUUUAUGCAUUCGUGCCCCCUGAUGACCCUCACGGACAUCACAUCAAACGUUUGGUUGCUCAAGAAGGCGAUGUUAUUAGACCCAAGAACGGAAGCUUCAAUCUUCAGAUCCCCAACAGAACUUGCUGGAUGGAGUCUGAUAAUCCAAUAGCAACAAAAGACAGCAAUACUUACGGACCAGUGAAUUACGGGUUGAUUACUGGACGUGCCACUCACAUCAUUUGGCCUCCACAAAGAUGGCAAGUGCUGGAACCGAAAUUACUUGAAACUCAUUCACAGAGGCAGAAGCCGUUUACAAAUUCACUGAUUGAAAACUUUAGGAAGUUUUUUGACGAUUCAGACGGUGAUAAUCGUGACUAA